GGCGCGGCCGGAAGUGCUCCCCGCCGGACGGCUGCUGGGACGGACCCGAUGGCGGCGCGCAGCGGGCACUUCCGGCCAUGGGGUGGUGGCGGCUGGGGCGGCCCGUGGCGGCCUGCGGAGGCCUCGGCGGCAGCGCCGUACCCCGGGCAGGCCUUAAGAAGUUCGUGCUGCCCCCUGACUACAGUGGCGUCACGAUCCCGGAGAGGCCGAAGCUGAAAUUCAUGGAGAAGGUGCCGGCAGUGCCCAAGGUCCGGCGGGAACCACGGCGGCUGCGGGACAUCCGCGGGCCCUCCCAGGUGGCCACUGAUUUCACGGAGGGGCAGUAUGGCAUCCUGGCGCUGGGGGGCGGCUACCUGCACUGGGGGCACCUGGAGAUGAUCCGCUUGACCAUCGGGCGCUGCAUGGACCCCAAGAACAUGUUCGCCGUCUGGCGCGUGCCGGCCCCCUACAAGCCACUGACAAAGAAGAGCCUUGGGCACCGCAUGGGGGGCGGCAAAGGCCCCAUCGACCGCUACGUGACGGCGGUGAAGAGCGGACGGCUGGUGGUGGAGCUCGGUGGGCGCUGCGAGUUUGAGGAGGUGAAGCCCUUCCUCACGCAGGUGGCCCGCAAGCUGCCCUUCCCUGCUGUUGCUGUCAGCCGCCAGAGCCUGCAGCAGAUGCGGGAAGAGGAGGAGGAGAAGAGGCGCAACAACCAGAACCCCUGGACCUUUGAGCGCAUCAUCACCGCCAACAUGCUGGGCAUGCGCAGGUACCUCAGCCCCUACGACCUGAAGCUGAAGGGACGCUACUGGGGGAAAUUCUUCCUCAAGCACAGGGUGUAGCCCACAGGCAGGGGUGGAGCCGGCAGAAUAAAGCCUUCUGUGAAAGCG